CCGGAUCGGCAUGACAUGGACUGUUCUGUCUGCUGAAAAUGCGUUUCUUUUGGAAUAACAACGCAAUCUCUCGAUUAAAACUCAAAUCUGUUAGGCAAAUACAGUUUUUCAAUUAUAAGUAGAAUCAUUUAUUGUGUGGCAACAUGCAUCGUUCAAGAAUUUAUUCGUCCGGAGUAUUAACAAAUGCUUUUAACUGGGCAUCCAAAGAAUGGCUUGUAAAAUCAUCAACAGUCUGGAUGCAACACAAAAGAUGUCAAGCUCGAACAACAUCUAGUGAUCAUUAUGCUGAUAAAAAUUAUAUUCCUGACAUGCCUUCAUCUCUACCAUCUCAAGCUCAGGUUGUAGUAUGUGGUGCUGGUAUUCUGGGCAACAGUAUUGCCUACCACCUCACCAGAGAAGGCUGGAGGGAUAUUCUUGUGCUUGAAAAAAACUUAAUUGGCAGUGGCACUUCUCAGGAGGGCUCAGGAAUGCUUGGACUGUUCAAAGACACCAUGCAGCGCCGUGUCAUCACACACUCCAUUGACCUUAUCAAGCAGCUACAGCAAGAUGGUCAUGAUGUUGGCUUUGUUCAAUGUGGCAGCUUGAACUUGGCCCGCACCAGAGACCGAGCGCUGGCCCUGAAGCGUAGACUGGCUGCUAUCAAGCCAUACAACAUCCCUGUUGAGUGGAUGGACCGUCACGACAUCAAGGUCCGCCACCCCCUCCUGGAGACGGGGGACCUGGAGGGGGCGGUGUGGUGUGGGGGGGACGCAGUCGUCAACCCCCACGCAGUGUGUCUCGCCCUCGCCGCCGUCGCCAAGCAGCAGGGCGCGACGUUCGUGGAGGGUGUGACGGUCACGCAGGUGCUGUCGGAGGCCACCGCGUCGUGCGUCACGCCGCGCGUACGUCAGGUCAACACGUCGCACGGCAACGUCAUCUGUGAAUACUUCGUUAACGCUGCCGGCAUGUGGGCGCGCGAAGUCGGAGAAAAAACUGUGCCUCGCGUCCGUGUUCCAGCUUUUCCGGCUGAACAUUUCUACUUACACACUCGGCCCAUGUCCGAAGCCACGUCCCUGCCGCUGGUGCGGGACUACGACGCUCACACGUUCGUAGUGUCCCGAGGCGGGCGAUUUAUUAUCGGGGGGUUCGAACCUCACGCCAAGCCUGCAUUCGGGCGCGGCAUCCCUCCUGACUGGCAGCAGCUACUGCUUGCUGACCAGGAGCACUUCAAACCUAUCCGGGAGGCUGCGGAGCACAGGCUGCCUCUGCUGCAGGGAACCGAGUACGAGAAACUCAUCAACGCCCCCGACACAUUCACCCCAGACGGCCUGUGGAUAAUGGGGGAGACUUCGGAGGUUGACAACUAUUUCGUGUGCUGCGGGAUGAACGGAAACAGCGUGCAGGGCGGGGGCAUAGGGCGGGCGGUAGCCGAAUGGCUGGUGAACGGCAGCGGCGGCGCAUCGGCGGCCAUGGAAGUUAUGAACGCCUUUGACGUGAAGCGCUUCGUGGACCUGCACAACAACCGCCGCUACCUGGAGGAGCGCACGCGUGAGGUGGUCGGCAGGCACUACGCCAUCGAGUUCCCCGCGGGACAGUCAGAGUUUGCGCUGGCGCGGCGGCUGCGCUGCUCUCCCAUAUACAGCGAGCAGGAGGCCCUGGGUGCUGUCUUCGGGGCCAGGAUGGGCUUCGAGAGGCCCCUCUAUUUCGACCCACACCAUAAAAGAGGUGACCCGCCAGCGCAGAUGCCGGCUGGGACGUUCCGUAAGCCCGCCUUCCUGGACGCUGUAAGGGAGGAGUACAUCGCGUGCAGGGAGUGCGUCGGACUCAUCGACCUCUCGUCCUUCACUAAAAUUGACAUUACGAGUGUUGGUGAUCACUCUGAGGCUGACCUGGACUCGCCCCAACGCGUGGUUGGUUCAGGCAUGAGUCAUCAUCAAGAGUGGGAGGAGAAGUCGUCAGGGGACGAGGUGGUGGGGUACCUGCAGAAGCUGUGCAGCAACGACGUCGACGUGCCCGUGGGCGGCGUCGUGCACACGGGCAUGCAGAACGAGCACGGCGGCUACGAGAACGACUGUCUGCUCAUCAGACGAGCAGCCAACAGAUACCUGAUGCUCGCACCAACCAUCCAGCAGACCAGGGUUAUGGACUGGCUGGUGCGACAGGUGAGCCCCGGCACCAACGUCGCAGUGUCAGACAUCACGUCGAUGUUCACGGUGCUGUCCGUGGUGGGGCCAAAGUCCCGCGACCUGCUCACGCUGCUGUCCAACGCUGACCUCAACUUCUUUGGCCUCAUGGCUAAAGAGAUUCAUCUGGGCUACGCAUCCGACGUACUAAUACUGUCAUUCACCCACAUGGGGGAACCUGGGUACACACUCAUCAUACCGUCUGAGUACACCCUACACAUCUACAACCAAAUACUCAAGAAAGAUUACUUCGUGGGGAAGUUCGCGCUGCUGCGUCAGGCGCAUCAGGGCGUCAAGAAACGUCUCGUGCACCUCACCCUUACGUCACACUUCGACCCUGACGUCGACGUCUGGCCCUGGGGCGGCGAGCCCAUCUACAGGGACAACGUACACGUCGGCCACGUCACAUCCACUGCGUUCGGGUUCACGCUGAACAAGAUGGUGUGCGUGGGAUUCGUGCGCCACGCAGGCGGGGACUUCGUGUCGCCAGACUACGUGACGGCUCCAGACGUGCGCUACGAGAUCGAUAUCGCGGGACGACGUUUCCCCGUCCACGCGUCCCUCCAGCCGCCCAAGAUCCCCAUCGCCAGGAUGGACGGCAUAGCGACCUACCGCCCACGCGUCCGCGGCAUUGUCAAAUAAAUACAUCCAUACAGACAUCGUCAUGCAUCCAUACAGACAUUGUCAAAUAAAUACAUCCAUACAGACAUCGUCAAAUAAA